CAUAAAUGGUAACUGAGAUUCUUUGUCCUUGCCUCCUUGGUUAUCCUCAAUCAAUCGCUACUGUAACUCUGGAGGUGGAAGUAUUCUGGUGAUGCGUCGCCGCUAAGUAUCGACAUGGCCGACGCCUCCUCGUGAACCCAUCGAUUUUCUCUUGAUAUUCUCCUGCAUCUCCAUGGAGCUCCCGUUAACAGCAAUCAAUAUCUCUAUCAGACUCUCUUCACCUUCACUUUGCCCUAAACGCUCAUUCGAUGGGCCCUGUAAAUACCAUUGCCAGUUCCAUUUGAGAAGAUUACAAUUUAGUAGUAAUUCGAAACGCCUCCGCCGAAUCAAAUCGAGUUUCGACAAACAUUCGUCUUCGUCUACACCAAUAUUGAGCAGAGAGAGGGCUUUGAAUUUAUGGGAAGAAACUGAGGCUGUGGAAGUAAUUGGGAUUGGAAGUCGGAAGGAUGCAGUUCUUGACUUCUGUUUGCGUUCUUCAUCGCUUUCGCGACGCUUACGGUUCUGGAAUAUCAUUGUGGAAGAAACAUUCAAGGUGCAAUUACAACAACGAUUACUUGGGGAUGAUAUCACCAAAACAUUUGUGGAAGAGUCUGUAGCCAUGAAGUCACAUUCAAAAGCUGUUAUACUUGUAGCUGGGGCAUCUUAUGGAUCAGAUCUUACUGUUUUACAUGAUAUAUUUGAAUCAAUAAAGCUUGCAAAUGGCUUUGUUGUGACUAUCAUUCUGAAGCCUUUUAGAUUCGAAGGACAAAGGCGCCAAAAUGAGGUAAAAGACCUGAUGUAUAAGCUUGAGGGACUUACAGAUUUCUGUAUCAUGAUUGAUGCAGAUGCACUUCUAGAAAAAGAUCUUGUAACUUUGGAUGAGGCAUUACAGAUUGCAAAUAAUGCUGUUUUAAUGGCAUUAAAUGCAGUUUCCAUUCUCACAUCUGAGUGCAACAAAAAGUUUCUAAGUAUACCACAUGAGAGUAUGAAAGAACUUGGAGUCACAGAUCUUAAAAAAAUUUUAGGAAGCUAUAAGGAGGCAAAAAUUGGAUAUGGGAUUGGUAAUGACAUUGAAGCUUCAGUUUCUCAAGCCAUAUAUGAUUGCCCUUUUCUUGGUUUGGGUGUAAAGGGCUUAAAUGGAAUUGUUGUAUUCAUCCUCGCCAGCUCAGCAAUCAUUAACAGGAGUGAUUUGGAUGGCAUUUUAAGUAAAUUUCGUCAAGUUGCGGAAUGGAAGGGCGAUAUUGUUAUUUCAGUAGUUCAUGAACCGGAUAUGAACCCUAACUCAAUUGCAACGACCAUAUUCACUAUCGGUUAUAUCAAACAGGAGUCUCCUAAAAAAGACGGCAUAUUUUCUAGAAUGUUCCAAAGUUUUCCUUACAUUUUCAACAUUUUGAGGCCACAUUCACACCCUGAAACAAUUCAAGAAAAAGAAAAAUAUAAAAACCAAAAUGUAAAUUCCAUCAAUGGUUCCCAUAAUUGGUCUUCAGAACUUCAGUCGAUAUUGACCGAUGCUACUACUGAUGCAAAAACUUUUUCAAGGGAUCAUGGUGCCACUGAACAAAAUACUGCUGAAGGAUCAAUGACACUUCAAAGGGAGCUUCUGAUUAACAAAAGGCCAGGGUUUCUCACUAAUGAUGAAACAGUGACUGAUACAAAUAACUCUGGUGAUACUUUAAUGCUUGACAAUUUGAACCCUUAUAAACUUCCAGUCGGUGUAAAACUAUCUGGAGACAUGAAAGAUUGUCCCAAGGGCACAAGGGUCAUUUACCACCCAGAGGAAAGUAGUGAACUUGAAAUGAAAGAUGAGAUUCAGUUUCCUAAAAAUGGAAGACUUUCUGCUCGUGCUGCAUCUAUGCUGGAAUCUGAACGUGAGUCUCAGAAAAAGUGGAGUCCUGUGGUGGAAAUAAACUAUCGUGGAGGUAUAUAUGUAGGGAGGUGUCAGGGAGGUCUUCCGGAAGGAAAGGGUCGUUUGUCAUUGGGUGAUGGAGGCAUGUAUGAUGGGUUAUGGCGUUAUGGUAAAAGAUCAGGUUUGGGUACAUUUUGUUUCAGUAAUGGAGAUAUUUUUCGUGGGUCAUGGAGAGAUGAUGUCAUGCAUGGAAAAGGAUGGUUUUACUUUCACACGGGAGAUAGGUGGUUUGUGAAUUUUUGGAAAGGAAAGGCGAAUGGAGAAGGGCGUUUUUAUUCAACAAAUGGUGAUAUAUUUUUUGGUCAUUUUAAAAAUGGAUGGCGAAAUGGUCAAUUUCUAUGUAUUGAUGUCAGUGGAUCAAGAUAUGUUGAGAUUUGGAAUGAAGGCGUGUUAGUAAGUCGUAAGCAGUUGGAGUCUGAUGAUGGUUUUGCUGGAUAAAGAUAAAACUUUUUUUGCUUUACUUUGCCUCUUUAUUUUCAUUGUAGAGAGAUUCAUGUGUAUUUGUAUGUAUGUAUAUAUAUAAUACAUGUAUGUAUCAACAAAUCAUAUUUAGCCAUUGGUAAGUAACUAAUAGUGGUUUUGUU